GUGUGUGUCAGUGGCGAGCUGGGCUGUGAAGAAUAAACGAGAGCGAGAGAAGAAUAGAGUAGAGCUGUGUUAUACAGCUUGCCCUAGCUGUAUUGAUUUGGAUGCCAGAGACUGCGAUAGAGAGAGAGAGAGAGAGAGAGAGAGAGAGAGAGAGAGAGGUGUAGCCACUUUUUCAGAUGGUCUCUCCUACCUGACACACAACCAUACUGCGGUUACAGGAAGAAGAACUGGACACUGUCUAUCUGCAAAAGAGUGAAAUAAACAAGAAGAACUGCAGAUGCCCAACUCUGCUUGGAAGAAGAGUGUGUGUGAGAGAUAGAGGCAAGCAGCAAGAAAUGAUGUGAAGGAUAAAAAAGACAGACGCGGACCCUCGUGUUCGGACCGGUGGGACCUGGAUUGCAGAAAGCAAAUUCUGCAGGAUGCAUUGCUGAUUUUAACCUGUGACGCUGCUUUUGGAGGGAUUUAAUGUGGUUUAUGAAGUACAGAAGAUAUCAGAAACUGUGUUUUGGAUGUUGAAGAGUGUAUUCUGUGAUUCAUUUACGUGUUAUGAAUUAGUGGUGUUUUUUAGUUGGACUUGCAGACCGAAGCUGCCUUUGGAUGCGUUUUGUACACAAAAUGAAAGGAAGAAACUGCAAAUUAAUGGAAAAGACAGGAGACUAGCAUCAGAGAUAGUAUAAGGGAAGGAGAUGGCUCGUGAUAAAAAUGAAUGUAAAAAUAUGCUACUCUCGGUAUGGUGGCUGUAGAAAUGGAAAUCCCACCAUUCAAUCACUUUUUGAUGGAGGCCUCGUCUGUUUAUUUACUCUUGAUCGUGCAUUAACUGGACGAGCCUGAAAAAUAGUUUUUAGUGCUAUUUUGAGCUAAAGAUUUAUUUGAUUUUAUUAUAUUUUGUAAUUUUGACUCAAAUUUAGUUUUUCAAAUUGAUAUGAGGUUUAAUGAUCACCAAGAUGGCCGCCAACUGAACCGGAUUGACAGUCGACAAUCAAGACUAUUUUGUAGCUAAAUUCGGUCUAGUAAUGCUAUUUUCAGUCGUUUUUGUGCAUGGGCGGUGAGAAUGAAGAUCUUUGCGCUUUUUUCUGCACUGGCUCCGCCCCCCAACAUACGUUCUGUUCACACCUUGGCCCCGCCCCCUUCUGAUCAUGCAAGUGCUGCAAAUUGUUAAGGAGCUGGUGUCGCCCUCUCGCCGCCGCGCCAGUAGCCGAUUUGCAGCGUCUGAUUCAGAGCAGGAUGUUGCAGCGAAGUUGGAACAGGAGCGAGCUGAGAUUCUCGCCAAAUAUGACAAGGGUAAAGAAAGUGCGGAGGUGGAGCCGUGGGAGGAGGCCAAUUUUGAUCUGUAUAAAGUGGUGGACCGCUUCGGAUUCCUGCAUGAGGAUGAGCUUCCAGUGUAUGACGUAGUGGAGGAAAAGCAAAAACAUCUGGAAGUGGAGAGAACGACAAAAUGGCUGAAAAUGUUGAAGAGCUGGGAGAAAUACAAGAACAGCGACAAGUUGGUGAGGAGGAUCUACAAGGGAAUUCCACUGCAGCUCAGAGGUCAGGUUUGGUGUUUGCUGCUCGACAUCCCCAAAAUCAGGGAGGAGAAAAAGGACUUCUAUGAGAAACUGAAGAUCAGAGCCAGGGGUUUGUCUCCAGAUGUACGUCAGAUUGAUCUAGAUGUAAAUCGUACAUACAGAGAUCACAUCAUGUUCAUGCACCGCUACGAUGUCAAACAGCAGGAUCUGUUUCAUGUGCUCACAGCAUAUUCUGUGUAUAACACGGAGGUGGGCUAUUGUCAGGGCAUGAGUCAGAUCACUGCUCUGUUACUCAUCUAUAUGAAUGAGGAAGAUGCUUUCUGGGCACUGGUCAAACUGCUGUCUGGACAGAAACACGCCAUGCAUGGUUUCUUUGUCCCAGGGUUCCCUAAACUAAUGCGUUUCCAGGAGCAUCAUGACCGUAUCCUGCAGAAGAUGUUGCCGAAGCUCAAACAACAUCUAGAUAAUCAAGAGGUCUACACCAGCCUGUACACUAUGAAAUGGUUUUUUCAGUGUUUCUUGGAUCGGACACCUUUCACGCUUACGUUGAGAAUAUGGGACAUCUAUAUUCUGGAAGGAGAGCGAGUUCUGACUGCAAUGUCCUACACCAUCCUUAAACUUCACAAAAAAACCCUCUUGAAGUUCUCCAUGGAGGACCUGGUGAAGUUUCUGCAGGUGACUCUGUCAAAGGAUUUCUUUUUUGAGGAUGACUUUGUGAUAGAGCAGCUUCAAAACUCUAUGUCUGAGCUCAGACGAUCUAAACUGGAGCUGCCACCUCCAGGUAAGGAGGAUGAAUAUCCUAAGAAACCAUUAGGUCUACUUCCUCCAGAGCCUACAGGAUUGGCAGCAGCAACAAUGAAUCAUGUGGCUAACGGGCAGCCGGUCAGGAAGACCGCUGAGGGCCUUCCCCCUCAUGGUUCGAGCCCUGCCGCAAGCGUUAGUAAACCAGUUUCCAUCACUGAUGGAACACCAGAGAGGUACCAAGAAAGUCGGCCACCCAGCUCGCUGGACAAGGUGCCUCGUCCAGACAAGAUCGAGAGGGAUAGACAAGAAGUGGACACUCAUAAGGAGCGAGUCCCAGCAGCUGGUGCAAAGCUGACCCAGAACCAAGCGAAUCACAACUCCAAUGCUAGAUCCAGCAUGCGCAUUGGACCUCGAUGGGUCAAGCCUUCGGAAGGCAAACUGGAAGCAGUCAAGGCUGCAGCACUUCGGGAAAGCCAGUUGAGUCUAGCAAUGGGUGUUCCACCCUCGCCCAAUUCCCCAACACCAGAGGAGGCCACCGGCGCACAGCGCCGCCCCCGUUCUCGAGCAUUCGUUCCAGGCUCCAACCGUGCCUCCAACGCUUCGCAAUACGACAACGUCCCAGGACCAGACGGAGAGGUUAUAGAAAUUAUAGAGCUUGAGAAACCACCCUCUCGUCCCCCAUCUCGACCAUACGUUGGACCUUCUUUAAGACAGGGCAGUCCCACCCGUCCCCCUAGCGAUGGCGUCUCUCCCUUUCGAAUGCCCAAGCAAAGCAUGAUGCAGUCCAAACCAGAACCCCGUGCACCUUUGCACUACCCACCUGGCAUGACUCCCGUCUACACCCCCUACGUUUCUGACUCUCGGACCGAGGACAGACUAUACGGGCAGCCGUACGCUGACCAAAUUUACGCAACUACAGGACGUGGCUCAUCUAACCCUUCACCUGAGAAAGCCCUGACGAACAACAGCUACUUAACCUACCGACGGCCACCGCCAAACAUGACCCCUCUCAGGGUUGCUCCUGCCGAGAUUUCGUCCCAGAUAGACAGUGUUGGCGAGGGCGGGUAUUACAUGCGACAACCCACUCGACUGAUGGGCUCUCCAGGUUACCCGCCCACAGAACUGCGUUAUGAGGCACACCGACGGAGAGAGGGCUGGUAUGGAGACAUGGAGGCGGGGCCUCCGCGUUCUCCUGUGGGACUACCUCGAUCUCCCAGCUUCCAGAAAGCUCAGCUUUCUCCCAUUCACCCCGUUCAGGAGUUUAACUUUGCCCCUGGGAAUAUCUCAGACACUGUGCUCCAUUUCAGAGGACCUUAUCAAGAGCACUCCGGCAGGCAACAGCUCCCCCCGCUGUUUGGAGGAACACACUACAGGCAGGCGCAGGAGGCCUUUGCGAUGCAAGAGUCCAUGCUGCUCUGAGAGGGACCAAGAUUGACGGAUACACUGUAUGAGCGAUGGCUAGCAAGCAGUUUUGUGUUGGUUUGAUGUUUUUGUGUUCUGUUUUGUUCGUUUGUCUGUUCGUUUGUUUGUCUGGCAAGUCUUACCACACAAGAGUUGCCAGUUUCAGGCAUUUGUACUGAUCGAAGACUGACUGAAGAAAUUUACUUUUGUUUUUGUUUGUACAUUUUUGUCCGAAAAGUAACCAUUAACUGCCGAUGUGAGUUAUAUAACAGCUUAAAUGUGCAAAGUGAGAUUUUUGUUGUUGUUUCCUUUGGUUAGCACACUGAGAUAUUUAAAUAGAGGAAUACGGAGAGUCUUUUUCAUAUGGACGAACUCAGUUACUGAUCAAUUAUCAUCUAUUUUUUUAAUGCGUUUCAGACAUAAACAUACUUUAGAGGACACUUUAUUCCUUGAUUGUGAAUAUAUUUUUUAAAAACAAAGAUUUGUGUAGGUUAGAUAUGUAUAUUAUAAACAUACGUUUAAACAGCGACGUAAUCGCUGUUUGGCGGAACAUUUCAAUGCAUCACUACAGUGUUCAAGUGAAAGUAAAAACCUUGUUUGUAAGGCUUGUUUUUUGAGGUUAUAUAUAAAAAUGCAGAUAUUUAAUCUUAAAUUGAGAAAGGGAACUUUAGAGAGUAUGUGCGUUCUCAAAAUCUAUUGCACUGACCAGCAAGUAGAUCUCAUAUUUUCAGUUUAUCAGUUAAUAAUUUAUAAGACCAACUGAUAGCAGAGCUUGAUUAAAGGGAUAGUUCACCCAAAAAUGAAAAUUCUGAUAUUAAUUACUCACCCUCAUGUCGUUCCAAACCCGUAAGACCUUUGUUCAUCUUCUAAACAAAAAUGAAGAUAUUUUUGAUAAGAUCCGAAUGAUUUCUAACCCAAAAUAUCUUCAUUUGUGUUCCGAAAAUGAAUGAAGGUCUUACGGGUUUGGAACGACUUAAGGGUGAGUAAUUGAUGACAGAAUUUUCAUUUUUGGGUCAACUAUCCCUUUAAGAUUAUGAAAACUGCCUUAAAUGUGGCAGCAGAAUAUUACAACAUUGUGUUACUGUCAGUAGCAAAGAAAUCUGUAACAAAGGGUGAAUUUAAGUAAAUUGGCCCCCCCUUGGACAGUUAAAGUAGCCCAAUUUACCCAAAUUCAUCUGGAAUAUGUCUGUCAGUAAUGCCCAGUGCAAGUUAUGCAAGUAGUUACCGAAUCACAAAUCUGUUUAAUAAUUUAAUAAUAUGGCUGGUAGUUUGUAGCAUGCAGCUGCUGUGUUAAGUUGGUUGUACCUGUGCUGUUACUCAGUGGAAUUCUUCAAAUAAUCAACUUUUUUACAAUAGAUUAUCAAAUUCAAGUUUCACAAAAAGCACAGGUUUUGCACAUUAGAACACAAUCAAGAUGUACAGAUCAUUAAAACCCUAAAGAUCUUUCAGUAUAUUUUCCAGUCCGCUCUGUCACUCCUAACCUUUUUUUUAUUUUUAUUUUAUUUAUUUUUAAAUUAGCAGAAUUGCUCUUGUUCUGCAUGGAUGUAUUUCAGUAAGGUUAGGUGAGGUUGUUAGCUUUUUUUUUUU